CCCAUCUCUCUCUCUCUCUCUCUCUCUCUCCUCCUUUGUCUUCUUCUUCUUCCUCCUCCUCCUCAUUUUUUCCUUGUUUACUCUUUUUAUAUUUCAAAACCCAACCACCCUUUUUCUCUUCUCUCUCUCUGUCUUUCUCUGACGCUCUUGGGGAUUAAACAAAUCAGAAACCCAGCUCCCUGUGUAUUUAUUCCUUUUCUCUCCCCUUCCUCGGCCACCGGCGGUUUUAUCUCACCGGAAUCGAGAUGUGUUCCGGCUCCGAGCUCCGAUUCGGUUAAUUUUGACCGGUUUUUGUUGGAAGCAGAGUAUGCCUGUGUAGGAGCAGAAGCGAGCUUAGUUUGUUGUGGAAAAGUGAGUGAGAGAGCUGCAAUGCUGCGAGUGGUGGAUGAGAUGAGAUGAGAUCCAUUGCUGUAUUAUAGCUUUUGAUUUAUUCUUUUUGGAUUUUUGCGAGUUUUUCCAUUUUUUUGAGCUGAAUUUUGGUCAUGGAGAUCAAUUCUGCUGAUGCGGCUUCUUCUGGACUAGGCAAGGAGGUGUGUAGUGUAGAUGAAAUUGGCCAGUGAGAAUUUAGACCUUUUACUUGUCUCCGCCUCUCUCAUUUUUCCGGCAAUAGUUUCUGGUUUCUUAGUGCUGCACGAUGCCAUUUGAAGUAAUGGAUCAAAGGGGUGUAUCUGUCUCUUCCCACUUCUUUGAAGAAAUUCCUUUUCCUUCCGAGAGACAAGUUGGAUUUCAGAAGCUGAAAACCAUGCCUGAUCACCAAGUGGGAGUGGAUAGAACAGUGCCGACAGCUGGCAGCAUAUUCGAUCCUUCAUUACCCUCAAAAAGGUUUUUACCAAUUGGGGCACAAUCAGUGGAUUACUUUGAUAUGCCACAAUCCAAUCUGGCUGGGGAGCGCACAGAAAGGCUAAGCAUUAGUGGAGGAGUUGCCAAUACAUCUAAGGCCUCGUGGAAACCUAUGAAUCAUCAUCCAAAAUUGUGGUCAGACUUGCCCACACGGCCAACAUCCCAUAGCUUGGUUGGAAGCAAAACUGCUAUUAAUGGUGCUCAGCAUGAAAGCAGUCUGUUCUCAAGCUCAUUGUCUGAAAUUUUUACUAGAAAAUUGAGAUUGCUAAAGGGUGAUUUUGUAUCUCAUCAAUCUACAAAUACUGUUGCUUCCCAACAUGAGGAAGAGCCCUUUGAAUCGCUUGAAGAAAUGGAAGCACAAACCAUUGGAAAUCUCCUUCCUGAUGAAAAUGAUUUGUUUUCUGGCAUGAUAGAUGGUCCGGGUAAACUUGUGCAUGGUAGUAAUGGGGAUGAAUUGGAAGAUUUUGAUCUUUUUAGCAGUGGUGGCGGCUUGGAAUUAGAAGGAGAUGAUCGGGGUGGUAAUUUUUCACUUGUGGGUGAACACCCCUAUGGCGAGCACCCUUCUAGAACACUUUUUGUUCGAAAUAUUAAUAGCAAUGUUGAAGAUUUGGAAUUGAAGGAUCUUUUUGAGCAAUAUGGAGAUAUCCGAACACUUUACACAGCCUGCAAGCAUCGUGGGUUUGUUAUGAUUUCUUAUUAUGAUAUAAGGGCUGCCCAAAAAGCGAUAAGAGCACUACAGAGUAAGCCACUGAGGCGUAGGAAGCUUGACAUACACUAUUCGAUACCCAAGGACAACCCUUCUGAUAAAGAUGUUAACCAAGGAACACUUGAGGUAUACAAUGUUGAUUCUUCUGUUUCUGAUGAUGAGCUUACUAAACUUUUCGAAUCUUAUGGGGAAAUCAAAGAGAUCCUCGAGGCUCCAAACAAGAGUCAUAACAAGUUGAUAGAAUUUUAUGAUGUUAGAGCUGCAGAAGCUGCUCUUCAUGCAUUGAAUACGAGUGAGAUUGGUGGGAAGCAGAUCAAGCUUGAACCCAGCCAUCCAGGGGUUGCCAGAAUGGGUUUCGGUCAAGGUUCCAAGCAGGAGCAAGAUGAAUUUAAUAUUUGUCAUAGUCCAUCCGACAACUUGUCAGCAGGAUGCAAGGCAACCCUUCAUCCUGGAAUGGCUAAUGAAUCUAACCUGGGAUUACAUUCUUCAAUUCGAUCACCUUCCAAUGCAUUUAUGGGAAAUGCUUUAGCGCAUCUGAGUUCAAGUGUUCCGCGUACGUUGCCCUCUCCGAUGAGAGUGGUGUCUGCGGACAAAAACUUUUGCCUUCCUGAUUCCAAUCACUCUCUGAAUGAAAUUAAGUUUGGUAACCAGUGUGUUCCCAAUUUCCAUCCGCAUUCCCUCCCUGAGUAUCAUGACAGUUUAGCACAUGGUAUCACAUCCAACUCCAGUGGAGUGACUGGCAAUGUGGGCCUUAGAAUGACAGAAGGAACCGACAGGAGGCACAUUCGUGAAAUGAAUGCAAAUGGGCACCUGAUGGAACUGAACGGAGGAGGAGCUUUUGCAUCUUCUGGAAAUGGGAGUGCUGGGGUUCGCGGACAUCAUUAUGUUUCCAAUUCUUAUCAGCAGCAUCCUUCAAGUCCCAUGAUGUGGCAGAAUUCACCAUCAUUUAUCAAUGGUCCUCAUGCUCAUCGCUUUCCACAAAUGCCUGGCUUCCCUAGAACACCUCCUCACAUGCUGAAUGGGACAUCACCUGUCCGCCACCAUGUUGGAUCAGCACCAGCAGUUAACCCAUCCCUUUGGGAAAGACAUGCAUUUUCAGGACAGUCUCCUGACACUUCUAGUCUUCACCUGGGAUCUCCUAGCUUCGCCUGUUUUCCCAGUAGUCCCCAGUUGCAUCCUAUGGAAGUUCCGUCACGCAACAUCUUUUCUCUUGUUGGUGGAAAUUGCUCAGACAUGAAUACAAGUACCCGGCAACGCUCUUCGCAGGAGAUCUGCCACAUGUUUCCUGGGAGGAAUUCAAUGAUGUCGAUGCCUACCUCUUUUGGUUCACCAAAUGAACGUGUCAGAAAUCUAUCUCACCGUAGAAGUGAAGCAAACUCUCAUAAUGCUGAUAGGAAACAAUAUGAACUUGAUAUUGAGCGCAUAUUGCGUGGGGAUGACAAUCGAACCACACUGAUGAUAAAGAACAUUCCCAACAAGUAUACUUCAAAGAUGCUGCUUGCAGUAAUUGAUGAGAACUGUCGAGGAAUAUAUGACUUUAUUUAUUUGCCAAUUGACUUCAAGAACAAAUGCAAUGUGGGAUAUGCAUUCAUCAACAUGAUUGAUCCUCAACAGAUUGUUCCAUUCUAUAAGGCAUUCAAUGGCAAAAAAUGGGAGAAGUUCAACAGUGAAAAGGUUGCAACACUUGCAUAUGCUCGUAUUCAGGGAAAAGCUGCUCUUAUUGCCCAUUUCCAGAAUUCAAGCUUAAUGAAUGAGGACAAACGGUGUCGCCCUAUACUCUUCCACACAGAUGGACCAAAUGCUGGGGACCCGGAACCCUUUCCAAUGGGCACCCACAUCCGAUCAAGACCAGGAAGAUCUCGAACCAGUGGCUAUGAGGAAAGCCAUAACCAAUGGAGCCCAUCUUCAUCUGCAAAUGGAGAGGAAAGUUCCUAGGGAAUGGUUUCUUGAAAUGAAAUAUGACCGGCGACUUUCUCAACCCAGAGAACUAACCAUUGAACCUUAUGUUGGACCUUAUGUCGGAGUACAACAACUUGAACCAUUCCAAUUCUCUAUAUCAGGGGUGGUCAAUUGACUUCAUUUUUGGCUAUAGAGGAGCUGCUUCUUCUACUAGGUUUCGGAUUACCUAAACCAAGAGGGCUACUUCCUCACUUCACAGCAUUUUCUGAUUCCCUGAUUUUCAUUUCAAAGCCACCUAUAAGUAUAGAGGAAGGCUUAACUUAAACCUAAAAUUUUGGAGACUUGUUUUGAACAAUAUCUUGAUGUAUAGGCAUUGUCAGGACAUUGUGCUUUCACUUGUCCUUCUUGUUCUCUUCCCCUGAAAGUGGGCUCUUUUUCUGGUUGACGAUGGUUAGAGACCCACACCAGAUUUGAGUACUGUUGAAAUUUUUGAAAUGCUAAUGUCAGUUGAACUCUGGUUGUGUUAUCUUUUA